AAAUGUUACUACAAAUGGUUUUCCCGCGGAUUUAUUGAUUUACCUUCCCGCUACAACUAAAUUCUCAUGUAAAACUUAUUACUGGAUAUAAAAGGCUCUAAAAACAUGUUAGUUACAUUCAAAGUCGCUUCUGUUGCUUUCAGGAUAUAAUCACUAUAUGGUAAAACAUAUUGAAGGUUUUGUUUACAACAUCAAUGGAAAUGUUAUAGUGUACGUAAGAGGAAGUAUAAUACAUUGACCGUCGUCAUUUAGAUUUACCAUUCCAAAAUGGAAAUCACGGCAAAUCAAUGAAAGACUAUAGAAUAAUUGUUCGAUGAUGUAACAAGCCAACGAUGAUCUUACUAAGGACAUGAUACCACCCGUUCUAAUGGAAUAAUUGUUCGAUGAUGUAACAAGUCAACGAUGAUCUUACUAAGGACAUGAUAUCACCCGUACUAAUUAUCUGGGCAUUCCUGUCAGUUCUGGUUUCUGGUUUAACUACGUAUGCCUUCGUACAACCUGUGUGGCUUGUUGGUUCCAAUCUGUUAGAUACAUUUGGAAUGAUAAGUUUGUGUUUAUCAAGAACAGUAUUUCCCGGAGGAAGCCUAAAACAGGAAUGUGAGUUUUAUGGUGGAUAUUUCAAUUUGGGAAACUUGCCGUCAGGAGCAUGGCAGGCGGCGUGUGUUUUAUAUGGAGCAGGAUGUGUACUACUUUCAUGCGGAGCAUUCUUAGCAGUCUGUACAUCAUGUAUACCAUGUGAUGUUGUCAGGACUGUUACAGUUAUGGCAGGAUAUGUCCAGUUUGUCGCUGUCCUGGUAAUGAUUGCAGGAUUAUUUAUUUAUCCACUUGGAUUUGGAUCAUCGUUUAUAAGACAGUACUGUGGAUCAAAGUCCGUUAUGUACCACGCCUACGAUUGCUCUAUAGGCUGGAGUUUUGUACUGGCUGUAACAGGGACGUGUCUUGCCAUGUUUUGUCCAGUUCUAUCUCGUUUUACAGACAUGAAAGGGCGUGACAUAAUGCCCUAAUCAGUAUUUUCGGAAGUUAUUAGAAAAAUCUAAAGCAUAAAACAAAAGACAAACCAAGCUGAAUAAUAACAAACCUUGAAAGUGGAUGUAAGCUUUUCGAGAGGGUAUAAAUGUGUAUGAAAAAUUCAGAAGUCAUUUAUGAAAUUAAUUCCUAAUACAUUACUGCUGAUGAGCUAAACAACUAGAGUUAUUUAGCAUAUUUACGUCUAGUACAAAUAGUAAAAAUGACCUAGAAUGGUAAAACCAUCACAACCGUCUACAAUAGUAUAAGAUAUUUAGCUUUAUAAAACUAGAACAUGUAGAAUAAGUAGUGAGUAGUGUACAAGCUUGAUAGAAACUAUCAAUAUUAGAAUGAUUUGUUGUAUAAUGAUCUCCAAGGCUAAAUAGGCCUUAAUCGUGUCAAAGCAAUAAUAAAUGGAUCAGUUAUCGUUGGUAUUUGUCAAGUUGUUUGAUUGUUUCGUUUUAUUAAUAAAAUUUAUUUAUAAAA